AUGUCUUCAAAAGUUUUCCUUAUUCGCCAUGGAGAGACGGAGUGGUCUUUGAACCAACAGCACACGGGCUCUACCGAGGUCCCUCUGACAUCAAAUGGUGAGGAACAGGUCCGAAGGACCGCAAGAACGUUCGUUGGUGAUGGUAAAAUGAUCCAACCAAAAUGUAUCAAGCAUAUAGAGAGAGCUCGCCGAACACUUCAGCUUUUAGGCUUAGGAGACCAGAACCAGUCGUCCGCUCAUAUUAUCAUCACUGAACUGUUACAAGAAUGGGACUACGGGGACUACGAAGGAUUGACCAUCGACGAGAUGGGUGCGAAGGUGGAGAGUAAGAGCGAAUACUCCCAUUUCAGACUGUCCAUAAACCAAUCAAUCUUAAUCUCAUUUAGGUCGCCUCAGGAUGUCGCGGCUAGGUUGGACAAGCUGAUCGGAGAAAUUAGAGAGUUCAAUGGGGCUGAUUCAACGGCGAAGAAUAUUCAUGACUCGCCCGCGGGAGCUGAUAUUGUCUGUGUAGCUCAUGGACACAUUUUACCGGCGUUAGCUCUGAGGUGGGCAGAGCAGCCAUUGCAACACGGAAUGAGGUUGUUAUUAGAAACGGCCGGGGUGGGAGUCCUAUGCUUCGAACACGAGAGUUUUGAGGAACCAGCAGUUGUCCUGGGCGCAAGAGCCGAGUAA